AUGCUAGACUCGACCUCACGUUUCGCCGAGUAUUCACUCGUCGGCAAUGGUGACAUACCUGUAUCCGUCGCGGCGGGCUGGAUCGGACUGAUCUGGUACUGCGUGGUGCUUCUUGUAUGCGCGCUGGGGUAUUUCCAAAUCUGGAGGUACUUUUUGCGCCAGCCAGAGCAGUCGCCAUUAGCGAAUUCUCCAGAUGCUCCCCAUGUGACUGCCAUUCGCCCCGUCAAAGGCCUCGAGCCCCAUCUCUACGAUUGUCUCGCGGCCACUUUUCGACAGGACUACCCUCGCGAUAAGCUGUCGAUAUGUCUCUGUGUGUCUACACGCGACGACCCCGCUUACCCGGUCUUGUGCCAGCUUGUGGAGGAUUUCCCUGAGGCUGAUGCGCGCGUAUACGUGGAAGAGGAGGACCCGUUGCUGCAGCAGUACGGUCGCGAUGCUGACUCCCUUGGGCCGAACCCGAAAAUUCGAAACAUGAGCCGAGCGUACAGGGAAGCCAAGGGCGAUCUUAUUUGGACAAUUGACUGCAAUGUUUGGGUCAGCAAGGGCGUAUGUGGCCGUAUGGUCAAUAAGCUAUGCGGUACUGCGCCAUCGUCUACGCGGAAGUACAAAUUUGUCCACCAUUUGCCUGUCGCCGUGGAUGUGACAGGGGAGGCCAUUCUACAUCAAGAACGGCAGAUACUAAUGAAUACCUCCCGGGAGGAUUCUGUUCCCAGUCAUGCGCUCUCUGUCGACCGUCCGGAGGACUCGCUUGCAAGCACGAUUGCUACGGGGGGCGGUCGCUUGGAGGAGCUUUUCCUUUCCUCUGCACAUGCAAAAAUGUAUACUGCAAUCAACACGGUGCUCGUUGCACCAUGUAUUGUUGACUAUCUUACUGCGCCAUCUUCGACAAACCCGCAUCCUCGACACCCCGGAAUUGACUUCUUCUCCGAUAAUAUUUGUGAAGACCAUCUGAUUGGAGACCUUCUGUGGCGUAAAAAGGUGCGCGAGGAGGAAGAGCUCGGGGAACGCUGGGGUAAACACGCUAUGGUCUUUGGAGACUUGGCUAUCCAGCCCGUGGCGAACAUGCAGCUGCGCGCAUACAUCGCUCGCCGAGUGCGGUGGUUGCGUGUUCGCAAGUUCACUGUCCUUCUGGCGACGCUUGUUGAACCUGGAACCGAGUCGUUUGUCUGCUCUAUUUACGGUGCGUAUGGCGUAACAACGGCAUUGGCACCGUACCGAGAGCACAAGGGAUUCAGCUUCGCGUCGAGUCUCCAGUCUUGGACAGCAUUUUUCUCAUUGUUUGCGCUCAGCAUUGCGCUCUGGAUUUUGGUUGAUUGGACAUUAUACAUUAUCCUCCAUUCCGGCAGAGCGAUCGAGGUUGACAAAGACACUCCUCCUUUCGCGAGGCUCACGCGCACUGAUCCUUCUCAUAUCACUCGCAGGCCAUUUGUGCAGUGGCUCUCUGCAUGGCUGGGACGCGAAUUGCUCGCACUUCCCAUUUGGCUCUCGGCUGUCUACGGCGGCGUAACGGUCGUGUGGCGAGACCGGCAAUUCAAAGUUGGUUUCGAUGCCAAAGUUCGGGAAAUCAACCCCGAUGGUUCUGUGCCUUCAGGAGGAUCUUACUCAACUGGCUCUGUCGUCGACUGGUUUCCCCUGUCGCCAAAAUCCAGCGAGGAUAAACACAGCAAACCCCGCCGUGAUUAA